AUUGCUUCAUCUGGCUUCGACACCAUAGAUCUCUUCACGUCAGCCAUACACUGACAGUCACGCCUUUUUCGGUGCUAUCUUUGACCUGUACAUAAACUGUUCGCGCCUCUACAUUUCUUGUAACUCACACAGCUGGUCAAGCUCAUUCCGCAACUUGUCAUUCUCAUGGCCCGCAAGAAAAACCCAACUCCAAUGCGACGAGAACCCUCCGACAUCUUCAAUCGCUCCGACGGUGCCAUCGACAAGCACCUCGGCUACCGACAAGUCGACAACAAGGAGAACGGACAUGCGAGUGGCGCUCUCACGGCCAACCACGCCGCGGGAGCUCAGAAGGAAGCAGGCCUCACAGAACUCGUCUUCUGUGUCGCAGGCAUAUACGCCUCAUUUCUCACCUGGGCCGUCCUCCAAGAACGCAUCACGACAACCCGCUACGGGCCCCCAGCCGCGCCAGAAACAUUCACAUACUCCAUCUUCCUGAACACUGUCCAGUCCACCCUCGCCGCCCUCGCCGGCUACAUCUACCUCCGUCUCUCCUCGCGCUCGUCUCCCAACAGUCCACCACCCAUCUUCCCCUCGCGCGCAAUCUUUCCCCCGCUCGCCCUCGUCGCAAUUACGUCCUCGCUCGCCUCGCCCUUCGGCUACGCCGCCCUCAAACACAUCGACUACAUAACCUUCAUUCUCGCAAAAAGCUGCAAGCUCCUCCCGGUUAUGCUACUGCACCUCACCGUGUUCCGCAAAUCCUACCCGUUCUACAAGUACGCCGUUGUCGCCGCUGUCUCCGCCGGCGUUGCUCUCUUCACCAUCGCCUCGCCCUCCGCCGCCCGCAAGGCCUCCUCUCAUUCCGCUGCCGCUGCCCUGCGCCCUGGAAACACCACCUGGGGCUUGCUUCUCCUCGGCGUCAACUUGCUCUUUGACGGCCUGACAAACUCCACCCAGGACUACAUCUUCACUGCUUUCCGCCCCUAUGGCGGCCCGCAGAUGAUGUGUGCGCAGAACAUCAUGAGCACACUACUCACAGGCGCAUACCUGCUCCUCUCCCCCCUCCUCCUCGCCUCAUCAACCCAUCUAGGCGGCAUCUUCAGCAGCAGCAUCAGCAGCAGCAGCGAAUCCGAACUCAGCGCCGCCCUGGCCUUCAUCCAGCGCCACCCCCAAGUCGGCUGGGACGUGCUCGGCUUCGCGGCCUGCGGCGCCUUCGGCCAAGUCUUCAUCUUCUACACCCUUGCGCACUUUUCGAGCCUGCUGCUCGUCACGGUGACAGUGACGCGCAAGAUGCUGACGAUGGUGCUGAGCGUCGUCUGGUUCGGGCAUCGCAUUCAGGGCAUGCAGUGGGCGGGCGUGGGGCUUGUGUUUGGUGGGAUUGGGGCCGAGGGGCUGAUUCAGCGGCGGGAGAAGGCGGCGAGGGCGCGGGCGAAGAAGGUUGUGGAGGAGCAGGAGGAGUUGAAGAAGAAGGCGGAGUGAGGGAGGGGAUGUGGGAUAUGGGAUGUAUGUAGGAUGUGUGUGGGGUUGAUACCAUAUAGAUGCAUAGGAU